AUGGCGCCACGGUGCCGGCCGCUGCUGGCUGCUUCCUGCCGCUGCUGGCUGCUUCCUGCCGCUUCUCACUGUGUCGCUGCCGGCGUUGCAGGCUGUGUAUACCGAGUAGUGCAGACGACGGGACCCGAUGGAAAAAACCUUCUGAAUUUACUUCCAAUCUCUAAAUCUUCUGGACCCUUUGUGCCAAUAGCUCAGCCUUCAGCCAUGGCGAAUCAUUCUGAGGCGAAUGUUUCUAGUCUGCUCCAUCUUCCCUUUAACACGCAGCUCACCAAUCCUACUGCCCCUUCCUCCGUUAACAUCCCUGGGUUCCAACCUCCUAAUCCUGGCAAGGUUGUUCUUCCAAGGCCCUUAGACAAAGAGGAGAGCGUUAGGGCAGGUUCUGAGAAAGGAAGCUCAGUUCCAAACGCGGCUGCCAGCGCCCCGAGCGGCUGUACUGCGGUGGACGCUGCAUCCGUAACGAGCGCCUCGGACCAUCCCAACACCGCCUACAUGUUUGUGAACUCCCACAACCUCCGAGUGACUGUGAAGUCGCCAGUGCUGCCUUCUGGCCACCACCUUCAGAUACCAGCUGAUGCAGAAGUGAAAUCUCUCCCAGCUUCUUCUUUGCCACCUUCCAUACAGCAGAAAAUCCUCGCGACGGCAACCGGCAGCGCCCCAGGAGGAGGCGAUGGGAGCAAGACGCCCACCGUCAUUUAUGUCUCGCCGGUCAACACGGUGAAAACCGUGGUGCCCAAAUGUGUGGGCACCCUCUGCCCCAAACAUGCCCCUCCAGGGUCCCAAACGCUCCUGAUGACCUCUAACCAGAAGGAGAAGAGUUCUUCUCCUGAGGCAGUUGCGUCCAGCGGGCAGCAGUGCCAGCUGCCGCCCAUGAAAUGGAUCGUGCAGGAGAGCCCGCUCGCAGCACCGCCGUGUCUGAUUCCAGUCAAGUCGUCAAACAACGUGGCUUCCAAGAUCUUGAAGACUUUGUUGGGCAUGAAGAACCUAAAAGGGAACUCUGCCAACAUUUUGCCUCUUUAUUCUAGCAGAAGCCAGACGAAAAUCACCACCUUUAAAGAGAACGCUCUGGUCAUGUGCAAUGGGAAAGUUUAUCUGUUGACUAAAAGGGGCUCUGAUAUCCUGUCAGCCCAAGCUGAGAAGCAAACAUCUCCCUCUGCUGAUGCUUCACUUAGAAAGGAGACCCCCAAGUUAAUUGAUUUGACUGAAGUCAAUAAAAUAACUGAUGAAGUGGUGAGUCUCUUGUCAAAAAGCAAAGAGAAGCUGCUGCCUCAGAAGGAUCCAAACUCCAAAGCUUCUUCGCCAAUUGACAUAACCAACGACUUAAACUCUCCCCCUGCAGUCGUGGUGGUCCCCAGCACUAACCAGCAGAAUUCCUCUGGAAACCAAAGAAAGAGCUUGCCCACCACUGAGGGCAUCUCAAGUGGAGCCACCCUUGUCCCAGCUGUAGUGACACAGGAAAAUAUCUGCCAAAAUGGCAAAGAAAGGAGUCCUUCCCCCAAAGCAGCAAGUGCUGUUUUACCUCAGUCUGUGGCUUUCAGUGAAGACUGUCAAAAGAUCCAGUGUGAAAAGAUGAAUCCACCAAGAAAAGUUACUCAAUCCAAACACCGAGAGAAGCCACAUUGGAAACAGUACUUGGAACUAAGGAAAAAAUUUGGUCUGUUGAAGGAGGAGAGAGUGUACCUUAGGAGAAUACCUCUGCCUCCCUCCAGUAAUAAACCAGAAGAGGAUUGUUCCAGUAACAGCUUGGAAACGAGAACUGACUCUUGCAGUUCUGCAUCGGUAGAUGUGGAAUUCCUAACCCAGCAGCAGGAGUGUGCUAAAGAGGAAAAGAUAGAUGUGGAGCUGGAGGAAGAUUUGAGUAGGAAAAGGAAAAUCAAAUCCUCAGCAGUGUCAGAAGGUGGAAAGAGGAGAAGAUCUUCAGGCAAACCAAGCACAAGUCCAAAUUCAAAUUCAGGAACCACCAACUCAAUUUCCAGUGUAGUGAACCUAAAUAUUCCACCUCCACCAGCCCUACCCCAGCAAAGUCUUUCCACAGCCCCUGCGGUCCCACCUCCGGGCGGCAGAGACUCAGAGCAAGACCCUGACGCUCAGGACGGUGAUAGCACAGACUCUCAGGUCCCAGUUGUGGUGUCCACUGAAAGUGACAGCUCAGUUCUGGAAGGUUCUUUCCGAGAUGAUGCUUUCCCUUGGACUCCUCCAGACUUGGAUGAAACGAUCAGGGAUGAAAAAAUCAAACGCCUGAAGCAGCUGCUGAGAGAACGAGAAGCGGCGCUGGAGGAGAUGCGCAGGAAGAUGCAGCAGAGCUGAAACCGCCAAGCCAGUGGGAGCUGAGCCCUGCUUGUCUUCAUUUCCUGACUUCCAGAAGGAAUUUCUUUCCUUAAGGGAAGCUUGAACAUAGGAACGUGAAUAUUUCUGGUAGCUGGAGGAUCUCCCUGAGUGUUCCAGUGUGGUUAGGAAGGUGUAGGGUUUUCCUUAAAUGCCAGAAAUAAGUUAACCUGGACCAGCAAAUUCUGCUUCUGGGACAUGUUAUUUAUCAAGGAAGGCAGAUGGGCUUUGGUGGUGGUGUAUUGCCUAUCUUUUGACUUGUUAGUCCUAGGAAAUUGACUUCUCCCACUUGGGAAUUCCCUGUCUCUUAGGAACAGAAUGUAACCUGCAGACCUCACUUUGUCCACGUCCGUUUACGUUUCCCUCGUGUGUCAGUGGAUGGCUGAGAGCACUCAGCUCUCAUUAAAGCUCAAUGGUCAGUGUCUUAAGAAGAAGAAAUUAGACUUUAGGCAGUAAAAAUGCAGCUGUUUAUCCAGCCCCUCUCCCAGCUGGGAAGCUGGCAGCAGUAGGAAUCCCCCCUGCUGACAGUUUAGAUUCGUGUCUCUUACCAUUAUUGUGAGCCUUUAUAAGGCCUUUGCUAGCUUUGUACAAUGUUUCAGUUUGGCUGUGGGGUUAUUAUUAUUACUAUUAUUAUGUUU